AAGGAAGGAGGAGGAGGAGGAGGAGGAGGAGGCGGCGGCCGGGCGCGGGCCGCACCGCUCAGGUGUCUGCGCCGCUCCGGUCUGGAUCUGGUUCCGUGCGUCGCGAGAAGGGGACUGCCCACGUCUCUACCGAUCGCCGGGCGGAGCGCGCAGCGGACUUUUACCGGAGGCGGAGUCUGUCGCUCCCGGCGGCGGAACGACUGGCCGACGCCGGGGAAAGAGGGCGGCGGCCUCGGCUGAGGCGGGUCCCUAACUCCGGCGACGGGGGCGCGGCUUUGAGGGCAAGCAUGAGCCCGUGAGGGCAGAAAGGGGGCCGCAGAGGCUGACCGGCGCGGGGAGCGGCCUGGCCCAGCCAUCUUGACUGCGCAUCGCGGCCCAAGAGGAAACUUGCGCCUCCGCCUUCUGUGCUCACAAAGUCACCGGUGCCGACGCCCCACGAAGUGGCCGGGCACGGGCGAGAGGCGAGCGAGAGAGGGACGAUGAGCCGGGGGCCAGCCGCUCUGCUGCGAGAGGGCUGAGCUGGGACGGAGGAAGCAGGGCAAACCCUCGCUGCGGACCGUGCGCACGCCUGCGGCCAGACUUCGCUCCCCGGAGCGGCGGACUGCGGGGCGGCCCGCCUCUGCCCAGCUGCGGACCGCGCCAGGCGGACGCGUUCCGGGGAGUCACCGGGUGAUCAGCAGUCGACCUCCCGGGAGAGGCAAGUCACCAGCAGAGCCCCUGCUCUCCUCUUCUCCGGCCCUCUCGCCGGAUCCCCCGGCGCCCCUCCGAGCGCCGCCUGGAGGGCGAGGGCGCAGGUCCGAGGCGCGCAGCAUGGAGUGGGGAUACCUGUUGGAAGUGACCUCGUUGCUGGCAGCCUUGGCGCUGUUGCAGCGCUCGAGCGGUGCUGCGGCCGCCUCCGCCAAAGACCUGACGUGCCAAGAGAUCACCGUGCCGCUGUGCAAGGGCAUCGGCUACAACUACACCUACAUGCCCAACCAGUUCAACCACGACACGCAGGACGAGGCGGGCUUGGAGGUGCACCAGUUCUGGCCGCUAGUGGAGAUCCAGUGCUCGCCCGACCUCAAGUUCUUCCUGUGCAGCAUGUACACGCCUAUCUGCCUGGAGGACUACAAGAAGCCGCUGCCUCCCUGCCGCUCGGUGUGCGAGCGCGCCAAGGCAGGCUGCGCGCCCCUUAUGCGCCAGUACGGCUUCGCCUGGCCGGACCGCAUGCGCUGCGACCGGCUGCCGGAGCAGGGCAACCCCGACACGCUCUGCAUGGACUACAACCGUACCGACCUCACCACUGCCGCGCCCAGCCCGCCGCGCCGCCUGCCGCCGCCGCCCCCGGGCCAGCAGCCGCCCUCCGGUAGCGGCCACAGCCGCCCGCCAGGAGCCAGGCCCCCGGCCCGCGGCAGGGGCGGUGGCGACGGGGAGGCUGCGGCUCCCCCCACGCGCGGCGGUGGCGGCGUCGGCGGGAAGGCACGGCCCCCUGGUGGCGGUGCAGCUCCCUGCGAGCCAGGCUGCCAGUGCCGGGCACCCAUGGUGAGCGUGUCCAGCGAGCGUCACCCGCUCUACAACCGCGUCAAGACCGGCCAGAUCGCCAACUGCGCGCUGCCCUGCCACAACCCCUUCUUCAGCCAGGACGAGCGCGCUUUCACCGUCUUCUGGAUCGGCCUGUGGUCUGUGCUCUGCUUCGUGUCCACCUUUGCCACCGUCUCUACCUUCCUCAUCGACAUGGAGCGCUUCAAGUACCCCGAGCGACCCAUCAUCUUCCUCUCGGCCUGCUAUCUCUUCGUGUCCGUCGGCUACCUGGUGCGCCUGGUGGCGGGCCACGAGAAGGUGGCCUGCAGCGGCGGCGCGCCCGGCACGGGCGGCGCGGGCAGCGCGGGCAGCGCGGCGGGCGCGGGCUCCGCGGGUGCGGGCGCGGGCGGCCCGGGCGGGCGUGGAGAGUACGAGGAGCUGGGCGCUGUGGAGCAGCACGUGCGCUACGAGACCACGGGCCCGGCGCUGUGCACCGUGGUCUUCCUGCUCGUCUACUUCUUCGGCAUGGCUAGCUCCAUCUGGUGGGUGAUCCUGUCGCUCACAUGGUUCCUGGCAGCGGGCAUGAAGUGGGGCAACGAGGCCAUCGCCGGCUACUCGCAGUACUUCCACCUGGCCGCGUGGCUCGUGCCCAGCGUCAAGUCCAUCGCCGUGCUGGCGCUCAGCUCCGUGGACGGCGACCCGGUGGCGGGCAUCUGCUACGUGGGCAACCAGAGCCUCGACAACCUGCGUGGUUUCGUGCUGGCGCCGCUCGUCAUCUACCUCUUCAUUGGUACCAUGUUCCUGCUGGCUGGCUUCGUGUCGCUUUUCCGCAUCCGCUCGGUCAUCAAGCAGCAGGGAGGCCCCACCAAGACGCACAAGCUGGAGAAGCUCAUGAUCCGCCUGGGUCUCUUCACCGUGCUCUACACCGUGCCCGCCGCCGUCGUGGUCGCCUGCCUCUUCUAUGAGCAGCACAACCGCCCGCGCUGGGAGGCCACGCACAACUGCCCGUGCCUGCGGGACCUGCAGCCGGACCAGGCGCGCCGGCCCGACUACGCCGUCUUCAUGCUCAAGUACUUCAUGUGCCUGGUAGUGGGCAUCACCUCGGGCGUGUGGGUCUGGUCCGGCAAGACGCUGGAGUCGUGGCGCGCGCUGUGCACCCGCUGCUGCUGGGCCAGCAAGGGCGCCGCGGGGGGCGCGGGGGCUGGGGGCGCCGGCGGGCCUGGGGGCGCGGGGGCCGGCGGGGGCGGGAGCGCGGGCAUUGGUGGGGGCUCCCUCUACAGCGACGUCAGCACCGGCUUGACGUGGCGGUCUGGCACGGCCAGCUCCGUGUCGUAUCCAAAGCAGAUGCCAUUGUCCCAGGUCUGAGCGGAGGGGAGGAGGCACCCGGAAGGAAUGGGGAGGCGGCGUGAGGAGCUAGUGCUCCGCAGGGAUCGUGGACCCGCUGAGGUUUCCACCCCUUCACCGUGUUGAUUGCUAUUAGCAUGAUAAUGAACUCUUAAUGGUAUCCAUUAGCUGGGACUUAAAUGACUGUCUUAGAACAAAGUACCUGGCAUUGAAGGCUCCCAGACCCAGCCCCCGUUCCUCCAUUGAUAAGCGGGGAGCUCUUCCCGCCGGGCGUUAAUUUCUUUUGGCAGAGGAGGUUGAACUCGGCUGCGUUUCCACUACCCGAGGGUUGGGGCCCUCGCUGGCUGCCACUUGCUGAGCUUGAAGCCAGACCUACAGAUUUCACCUGAGGGACCUAUUUUCUCCCUCGACUCUCCUACGUAAACUUUUACUCCUAACAUAUCCUAGAGGAGGGAUGACUCCGACCUAAUGGGAUUGCACGGUUUGGGUCUUCUUCAUGACCAGGCAAAUGCCUUAAAUAAACAAUCAAGAAAUGUCUUAAUUAUACACCCCAAUUAAAUACGGGUUUCUCACAUUAGAGGAUGUAUUUAUAUAAUUAUUUGUUAAAUUGUAAAAAUGUGUAAAAUAUGUACAUAGCCAAAGAUAUACAGACUGUACAUUUUUUGUAAAAAGUUUAGAAGCCACUCCUGUAAGAACAAAUAUAAGUAUUCUAUUUUGUCAAUAAAAUGACUUUUGAUAAAUGA